CUACCACCCAAUCUUUUCUCACGCGCGGCUCGCUCGGGCAGGUAGCGUGAUAACAGCCAUGCAUCGGAACCAACCUAAAGUGCCCUUGGCGUCGGCUGUCCAUUUACAUUGACGCCCGCCCUGGAGCACAACCGAACCGAUGAAUAACUCUAGGAUAUCUUUUAUCCUAUCUACCCCGCCUCCCUGCCUUCAUCGGUUGCAAGGUUUCACUCCGGGGUAGAGAAGACCCAUUCUCAACGCUAACCAUGCCAAUCCCGGCAGAUCUCCGCAAUCCUUCGCAGGUUCCAUAUUGCCCAGCUGCGGACGGCAUGCCCCAGCGGGGCAGGCCAGCGAGUGGCAGCACAGACGGCAACCUAACCUACGCUGCAGGCACUAUCGACAUGUCGCUCUUCAUAGACAUACACAUGGACAUUUUAGCCUUCUCUGCACCGCAAGAUCCAGCUGGCUGGGUGUCCUCGAUCGAGCCCGAUGCCGGCGACCAUGACUGGACGCUUAUCAACAACACAACAGACAUCACUAACCACUCGAGCUGGCCGCCCGAGUAUGUCUCGCCCGAUUUCGGCACGUUUCGGGACGAUGGACUCCUGGACAUGACAAGCUCUUGUCCCACCUCAGAAUAUCUUCCUGAUGGCUAUGACCCCCUGUCCGGGUCAUCUACCAGCGCGUCGGCCGACUUGGCGAGGCCAAUCAUCGGCCAUCAUUCUACCGGCUCGUGGAGCCUCGAGCCUCAAAGGGCAAGUCGAGCCGAGAGCGCGUCACUUCGGUUUCCCGCUUUCCCUGACCCUGCUAGUGUAGGUUUCCUACCCACAGCAGGCGACCGACCGCAUUCCCCGAGCGGGCGUCUGCCUCGCGCUGUUACUCCAGCCCUGCCAAGUUCGGGGUCUUCGAAUGCAGUUCCAACGCCAACGACAGGUUCCAGCCCGGCUUUGUCCACAGGUGCACCUCGCCCGGAUACAGAGCUGAAUGGCUCCAGAGCCGCGUGGGAUGCCGGUGACCUGUCCAGUCGCCUGACCGCGCAGAAAGGGCCAUGCAGCAAGGAAUGGACCGUUCCGAAGAAAACGAGGCGGAGAGCCCCGUCUUCCAAGUCUAGUGGAAAACGCGAGCGGGAAGUAGAGGUAGAUGAAGAGAUCACAGCCUCCCGUCCUCGCAAGCGCGGGAAGUUCAAAACCGAACACGACAGGGCGAUGACGGCCCUCACCCGCAAGAACAGAGGCUGCAUCCGGUGCCGAAUGCUGCGAGACAAGUGUGAGCCAGACCCGCAGGACCCCCAAGGGGUCUGCAUCCGCUGCAUGAGGCUUCAGCUCGCCAACAAGCCCGUCAUGUGCAAGCUGCCGUGCCUGCGCUGGAUCAUCACGGACUCGUCGCUCUACCGGGAGCAGGACAGGCCCUACCAGAUGUUCUCGCGGAGGUGGCAGAGCAUGGACCUGGUGGACAUGGACACUUGGGCCUCCCCGCAGACCAGGACGAUAUCCGUUUCCCAGAUAUUUCUAGAGGCGCCGUACGAGGUCGAGGUGCGCGAGUUCGUGCCGGUGGAGGGGGACAUGCUGGAGGAGAUGUGGACCAGCGGCGACGCGGUCGUCAAGCGGCACGCCAUCCCGCGGUACGCCAUCUGCGACAUUAAAAGGACGGCGACGGUGCUGGAGGCCUUUAUCGACAAGAGCAUCGGGGUCUACAUCAACGGCGCCAUCUUCAACUUGGACACCCUCCUCUGGUCCACCUACAUUUUUGCCUUUGGCCACAUUGAGAAAGCAAAGACCCAAAAGGAGAAGGACCUCCUCCGCAACGUCUUCCGCCUCUGGGUCGGCUGCCUCAAGACCAGCCACCCGGAGCACAUCUGCGGCGACGACAGGCUCGGGGCGGAGAGGGUGGACGACCCGGGCAGCGUCUUCCACGGGGCGGUGCCGAUGCCCGUCAUCAUGAUCGCGCAGAUGGAGUGCAUCAUGUACACGAGGGUGCUCCGGCCCAUGACGCGGGCGGUGCUGCGCGCGCUCAACGAGCUCGUGCAGGAGAACAGGCCGGCCAACUGGCUGACCGUCUACCUGGCCAUGUUCAUCCUGUUCCACUGCUGCUCCGUUGUCACGCGGCGCGACUGGGAGUUCGCCCGGCAGUGUAGCCUGAGGGAUGAGUUCGCGAACCCGGAAAGUAUCAAGAAGCACCAGUGUGGCAUGCAGGUCAUGCUGGCCCAUUUCCAUUACCUUAACAAGGGGGUCAUGCCUUUUUCCCUGACCUUGGAUUCCAAGGGCCUUGAACAGCUGUCCAAGGUAGCGGAGCUCGACGCGGACGAGGUGAGUUUCAUCAGCAAGACAGCCAAUCUUGUCCAGGACCCAACUAGACGCGCUGAGAUGUCGGCUGUCUUAAAGGCCAACAACUUCCGCCACGACCUCUACUGGGUGUCACAGCUCUACGAGCAGGACUGGAAGCCGGGGUCCACUGCAUGAAAGCGGGCGGCAUUCGCCCGUGUCGAGCGCGCAGCUUUGUUGUCCAAAGUGUUUUGGCGUGGACACGACGAGCUGUUGUGGAUGCACGUGGACGACGCUGUAUGGACUACUGGCUGUCCACGCGCUGGUAUCGAUUGCUUGUAGCGUGCCUUUAAUUAUGAGAUGGAGCGGAGCGGGAAGACUUCCGGACGGUUUGUUUAGACACACGGACACGUACCAGUCCAACGGAUCAUUCUGGUGUAGUCUGGCGUGGUGAUGCAAGUAUGGCGAGAAAAAAAAAAGGGUUUAGUUGUAGAUAGGUUAAAAUAAUGAAUGUAUGGAUUUUGCUACACGAGCAAUCAA